AUGGAGCAAAAUUUCGACGGGCGACCGCCCGUUGUCCCCUCGGCCGCAACCUCCAGCGCGCCCACGCCUCUCCGCCCUGGAACCCCCAACACAGAUGACAAUCGCAACAUUUUCGAGGGCACUGACACGGCCUCAAAUGCCCCCGGAACUGGGACAAACCCCUUUGUGAGCCCGGAUGGCUCACGGCCUGCUUCCAGCUUUGAGUCGUCCAGUGGUAGCCCCUACGAAGAACGUCCCGGGGUGGGUGGCCAGCGAUAUUUCCACUCGCGGCUGGUCAAGAAGGGAGAAAUCGAAAAGCCCUGGUUAGAAAAGGUCGAUCCCAAGGAGAAAUGGGUCACGAUAAUGCCCCUCCUCGGAAUUCUCCUGGGCCUGGCUAUUUCCGGCUUCUUGGUCUGGGACGGCAUGCGGAGUGUUGUCCACCACAAGUACUGCCCUGUCUUGGAUGAAGACUUCAGCAACGGCCUUGACCCGAGUAUUUGGACCAAGGAGGUGCAGGUUGGUGGAUUUGGCAAUGGCGAAUUCGAACAGACGACUGGCGGCGAUAGCAACGUCUUUGUUGAGAACGGCCAUCUUAUGAUCAAGGCCACUCUCCAAGAUGCCAACCUGGUCGAGAAGAACAAUGUCAUCAACUUGCUCAAGGACGGUACUUGUACCUCCAAGGACUACUAUAGCUGCGUUGCCGCCACCAACACCACCAACGGCAACUCCAGUGUUGUUCCUCCCACACUAUCCGGCCGUAUUAACACGUUCAAGGGAGCGAAGAUCAAGUAUGGCCGUGUUGAGGUCACUGCAAAGCUGCCUGUAGGCGACUGGCUCUGGCCCGCCAUCUGGAUGUUGCCAGUCAACGAUACCUAUGGCGGCAACAACAUUGCUUCAUCUGCUCUGCACUGGGGUCCUGACCCCGCCAACGACGCUUGGUGGAAGACCAACAACAAGCGCAAGGCUCUGCACACCACUUACAGCGCCGAGUUCAAUACCUUUGGUCUUGAGUGGUCGCAGAAGUAUCUCUUCACCUACAUCAACAGUCGGCUGCUGCAAGUCACCUACACCAACUUCAACAAGCCCAUGUGGAAGCGAGGCGCUUUCCCCGACUCCACCUCUAACGGCACCAGGCUGGUCGACAUCUGGAGCAAGACUGGCCGUGAUAACACUCCAUUUGACACAGAAUUCUAUCUCAUCCUGAACCUUGCUGUCGGUGGCACAAACGGCUGGUUUGAAGACGGCCAGUCUGGCAAGCCCUGGUUGGAUCACUCUCCCAACGCCAAGAAAGACUUUUGGAACGCCCGCGACACUUGGUAUCCCACUUGGACGCAGCCUCAGCUCGAGGUCAGCCGUGUUGUCAUCACUCAGCAAUGCGAUGGCGACGAAGAACUGUGA